AUGUCAUUUUCAAAGCACUAUCGACCCAUCGAGGCUCAAUUGGACGGUGGUCAGGCAAUGCCGUCGGCGGCACUCCGCCUCAUCACCCGAUGGCCCUUCCCUAACGGCGUCAUCCCUCCCGCAAUGCGGUCCCGAUUUCUUACAGCCUCCACCUCCGACCAAGCAGACAAGAUGGCUAAUGCUUUUGCCAAUGGCCCAGCCAUCGACUCGCUGGUUAUCUUGAUUCGACUGCUACUUUCGCUUCGGCUCGACUUAGGUCUGGCUACGGAUCAGCGACUCUACAUGUUGGCGCUCCACGACUUUGGUCGCAGGCUGGGGGAUGACUACAUCGUCAAGGGGGAGCUGUUUGAGAUCCUGUAUCCCCGCCAAGCUUCGAGUCUCGAUCGCGUGGACAUGACGCUGGGCGAGCUUGUUUACCAUCCCAUGGUUUCGAAAGUGCUGUGGUCGCUUCAGCCUUUCCAGUUCUUUCGUCGAGAAACAUGGGCCAAGCGUGACGCAAAAGCCCCAGUCGAGCCGUACCGGCUUCGCACGAGAGAGGCUUUCCUACCCACUCCGAUCCGCGUCCCAGACCAGCACCAUGACAUUAACCUUGCCCGCUUCUUCUCCCAGAAACUGGGCCCACAUCAUGCGGCUGGCGGCCGGAUCGUUUAUUUUGCCUACCAGGCGCCUGACGUCAUUCCCGUUAUCAUACGAGGCGGCCAACCGUUCGACAGCAUCCGUACAUUUACCAUAAGCGGCCCAUCAAGGUUCCAACCGGCCGACAAGGGUACCGUUCGAAUAGUUUCUCAAGACUGGAGCUACCGACUGCGUGCGGUCCUCAACCUCGUCGACAGCGAUAUCCAUCUGUACCACCACGAUACCUCGCCGGUGGUGGAACAGCUCGAAAAUGAGAAAACUGGCGGUGACAAAAUACCGCGGAAGGGCAACAGCGAGAAAUCUUGCCACACGUACAAGACACGCCGGUCUCAGCACGCUCCCGGCUGGACAUUCGAGGAUAGUCCAUUGCGGGAGUUUCUCCUCAUCUAUGAGAUACACACGGACGAUAAAGGCAGCCACAAGAUCCGAAACAAGUACGGCGAGUAUCUCCCGGCUACGAGGGGUGAUGGUAUGUAA